CUCCGCCCCGCUCCCACGCGACCGCGGCCGUCACGUGCGGGGCGGGAGGGGGCGGGGCCUCAAAGGGAGGGGCGGGGCCAAGCACCCGGAAGCGGCGCCGGUGGCCGAGCGGCCCGGGCAGGUCCCGACCCGGGCCCGGUGCGGCGGGCGCGGAGGAGCCGAGCCCCGGCCUCCCUCGGGGCCCAUCCAUGGCCGUGGGGGCCGCGCCGCCCGCCCGCGUUUGGGAAGCAGAGGCCGGGCCGGGGGCCGCCCGCCCCCCCCGGGCCGGGGACCGGCGGCUGCCGGGAGCCACAGGGGCCGCGGGCACGGAGCCCACCGGGAGCCGCCCCCCGCCGCCACCGGCCGGGCUGAGGACACGCAGCAUGAUGGAGUCCCGCAUCAGGCGGCUCGCCACGACGCUGAUGGAUGCCACGACGGACAAGGAGCCGCUGGUGCAGGAGCAGAUCUACAACGCCCUGUGCUACCUGGGCGAGUCGGAGCCGGAGGAGAUCCUGCACUCCUGCGACGAGUACCUGCGGCAGCACGACAAGCUCGCCUAUCCGCACCGCGUCAUCAUCCUGAAGGCGAUGGAGACCGUGGUGAGGAACAACAUCGGCAGCUUGGACAAAAGCACGGCCAAGGUGGUCAUCUUCCUGGCGUCUAACGAAAUGACCAAGUCGAAGGAGGUGAUCCGGGACUGGCAGCAGGCGGCCAGCAGCGUGCUGGUGGCGGUCGGGCAGCGCUUCAUCAACAAGGUGAUGGAGGAGGUGCUCACCAAGUUCCAGCCGGGCAUCCUGCCGCACUACUUCAUCGUGCAGACCUUUGCCAACCUCUCGGUGUCCAACGUGUUCGGGAUGGUGCCCUUCCUCAACUCCAUCCUCGGGACCAUGCUGCCCAUGCUGGGGAUGGCAAAACAGGACCACAUGAAGUCGGUCUUCUGCUACGCCCUGCAGCACUUCAGUGAAAGCAUCCAGGAGUACUUGGCGAAUUUGGACAAGGCCCCGGACCCCACGGUGAGGAAGGACACCUUCUCCAACGAGAUCUUCAGCGCCUACGAGGUGCUCUUCAACAGCUGGCUGCAGCACCGGGAGGCCAAGCUCAGACUGGCGGUGGUGGAGGCCAUGGGACCCAUGAGCCACCUGAUGCCCAGCGAGAAGCUGGAGGAGCAGCUCCCCAAGCUCAUCCCGGGCAUCCUCGCCCUCUACAAGAAGCACGCGGAGGCCUUCUACAUAUCCAAGAGCCUCUGCCAGAUCCUGGAAGCUUCCGUCAACAUCGGCAGCCGCAGCCUGGACGUGCAGCUGGACGCGCUGCUGGGCACCCUGCACCCCCAGAUCUGUGCUCCUGCCGACCCGUUCGUGCCCCUGACUGUUAAAAACCACACCGAGGUUCUCCGCUGCUUCACUGUCCUCGCCUGCUCCUUCCCUGACCGCGUGCUGGCCUUCCUCCUCCCGAAGCUGGAGAGCAGCAACGAGAGGACGCGCGUGGGGACGCUGCUCAUCAUGAGGCAGAUCAUCAACAGCGCCCCCUCCCAAAUGGAGAUUAAAAAGCCCUUUAUUCUUUCGUCGAUGAAACUCCCCCUGCAGGACAGCAAUGACAAGGUGAAGCGUGCCGUGGUGCAGGUGAUCAGUGCCAUGGCUCACCACGGCUACCUGGAGCAGCCCGGUGGCGAGGCGAUGAUGGAGUACCUGGUGCGCCAGUGCGCGCUGCCCUCGGAGGCGCAGCCCAAAAAGCAGCCGCUGGAUGCUGAUGAUUUGACAAGUGACAGCGUGCAGAGCAUCAGCGUCAACACCCUCUUCCUGCUCAGCACCACCGUGGACCGGAUGAACAACGUGCUGUGGCCGUACCUCCUGGAGUUUGUGACCCCGAUCCAGUUCACCAACGCCCUGACUCCCCUCUGCAAGAGCCUCAUGUACCUGGCCAUGAAGAAGCAAGAGGAGGGGGAAAACGCCAACCUCAUCCGAUACGACCUGAACGGAAAUCUGCCUUCGCCCUACGCUCUGACGACACGGCUGCUGGUCGUAUCCUCCCAGCCCUACGCAGGAGACUGCCGGGGGGCGGCUGCCCUGCGCCUGCUGCACGUGCUGCAGUACAGCGUCCACCCCGCGCUGGAGCAGCUCUGGAGCAAGAGGGUCCCUGCCCUGGUGGAGCACAUCGAAGAGAACACAGAGAAGUGCCUGUGCCAGAAGGAGUGGGAAGAGAAGCUGCUGCUGUUCCUGCAGGAGACCCUGGCGGCUGUUUCGGACAACACGUGGAUUUGUCACUUCGUCACGGAGAUGUGCAGGCAGCUCAACUGCUACAACGGCUUCCCGCUGGAGAAGAACUUCCUCUACAAAUGCAUCGGGACGACGCUCGGGGCGUGUGUGAGCAAGGACCUGGUGCAAAAGCAGCUCCAGGAGCUCCUGGAAACGGCCAGAUACCACGAGGAGGCAGAAAGGGAGGGACUCGCUUCCUGCUUUGGGAUAUGUGCAAUAAAUCACCUGGAGGAAACCCUGGCCAAGCUGGAGGAUUUUGUUAGGUCUGAUGUCUUCAAGAAAUCUGUGGGACUGUUCAGCAUCUUCAAGGACCGCAGUGACAACGAGGUGGAGAAAAUAAAGAGCACCCUGAUCCUGUGCUACGGCUUCGUGGCUGUCCACGCGCCCAAGGAGCUGGUGCUGUCCCGGAUCGAAGCAGACAUCCUGAAGAACAUCUUCCAGUACUUUAACACCAAGGUUCUGGGGAUAAAGGUAGAAACCAAGGACCUGACCUUGAAGCUGUGCCUCAUCCGGAGCAUCUGCAUGAUCAGCCAAGCCAUCCACAACGGUGGCAAGUGCGGGGACUUCGUCUUCUCCCGCAAAGCCGAGCUUGUGGCCCAGAUGGUGGAGUUCAUCAAAGCAGAACCUCUGGAUGCCAUGCGGACGCCGGUUCGGCAGCGGGCGAUGGUGACCUGCACUUACCUGGUCAGCGCGCUGGAGCCCCACCUCAGCGACCCCGACCGCACGGAGCUGAUCGACACCUGCCUCGCCAGCGUGCUCGCCCUGCCUCCGGACCCCGGGCCGGAGAGGGACGGGAUCAGCAGCGAUGCCCUGCACAAGGAGAUACUGUACGGUGACACCCUCAGUGCCCUCAAGGACCUGCUGAAGAGCCUCCUGCAGAGGAACCUGACCCCGCACGGGCUGCAGGACAUGUUUGCGCACUUAGGGCCCUGGAUCAAGUCUAACAAGGAGCAGGAGCGGCAGCGCGCCGUCGAGAUCAGCGCUGCCCUGCUGGACUUCUACCUGGCCAAACUGAACGUCAGUACCGUGGUCCCCUUCUACAACCUCGGCGUGCUGAUCGCGCUCUUCUCCCCGCGCUGCUCCGACUCCCUGGCCAGCGUCCGCCAGCACGCGGUGGACUGCGUCUACUGCCUGCUCUACAUCCAGCUGUGCUACGAAGGGUUUGCCCGGGAUCACACGGAUGAGAUGGUGGAGGGGCUGAAGGCUCUGAAGAAAGGCCUGGAGGAGCCCGACUUCACCGUCCUCUUCCACACCUGCCACAACAUCGCCAUGGUGGUCGGGAAGCGCGUCCCCCCGGAGCAGCUGAUGAGCCUCCUGCUGGCCAUGUUCGAGGGGCUGGCGGACCCCGACAAGAACUGCUCCCGAGCAGCCACCGUCAUGAUCAACUCCCUCCUCAAGGAGCGCGGGAGCGUCCUGCAGGAGAAGGUGCCCGACAUCAUGAGCAUCAUCCACAGCAAGCUGCAGGAGGUGGACGAGGAGCACAUCAGGAAGGCUGCCCAGCAGACGGUUUACAUCCUGGCCUCCCAGCACAAGAGCGUGGUGGUGUCCAGCCUCCUGGGCAGCGCGCUGCCGUUCGACAGCCACACGUGUGCCAUGUGGAGGUCCCUGGCCGCCGAGCCCACCCUCACCUCGCAGAUCCUGGAGCAGCUCCUGGAGAAGGUGAACAGGGACGUCCCGUACAAGGAGAGCAAGUGCUUCCUGCUGGGGAGCGGCUCCGAGCGCAUCGCCACGCCGCUGCCCCUGGCCGCCACAUGUGCUCUGUAUGAGAUCAUGUCUGCUCCGGAGUCUGGGGCAGCAGUGCUGGGACUCUACGCGCCGCUGUUUGUGACUCUCCUGCUGCGAGUCAGCUGCACCGUGGGUGUUCAGCUACCGAAGAGCCUGCAGAGCCGGGAGAGGAGGAGCAGCAGCCUCAGCCCGGCCCCCCGGAGCCUCCAUCCCUGCAGCUGCGCCGUGGAGACGCUGAAGGUGAUGCUGGCCCGGGGCGGCAGCGAGGCGGUCACCAAGGCCGUGGGCAGCGCCGGCGGCUGGGACCUGAUGGCGAGUCCGGAGAGGCACCACGACGGCAUCGCCGUGCUGGCCGGCGCCAUGGCACGCCACGCCGGGCCCAGGCUGCCCCUGAUCGUCAAGAACCUCGUCCCGACGCUGAGCAGCGUGUUCGACAGCCAGAGGAUCACCACCACGGCCUUCUUCGCCGAGCUCCUUAAUAGCAACGUGGUGAAUGACCUGAUGCUGCUGGAGACCGUGAUGGACAACAUGACGGGGAGGCAGAAGGACCCCUGCCUGCUGGUGCGCAUGCUGGCUCUCCGGGGGCUGGGCAACAUCUCCUCGGGGUCACCAGAAAAGGUACGGAAGCACGGGGCCAAGCUGCUGGCGUCCAUGGUCAAUGGCAUGGAUGACAAAGACGACCCCCACAACCUGGUUGCGCUCGAGGCCAUGUCCAGUCUCUCCAAGCUCCUGGAUCACUUGGAGGAGAGAGACAUCCAGUCCAUGCUCCUCCACAUCGCCAUCAGGAUCCGACCCUUCUUCGACAGCGAGCAGCCCGACCUCCGCCAGUCGUCCAUCGUGCUCUUCGGCAACCUGACCAAGUUCAGCGAGGAAGACUGCGAGGCUUUCUUCGAGCAGAUCCUGAACGGGCUGGUAACGCUGCUGCUGCACCUCCAGGACCCCAAGCCUGAGGUGGUCAAGGCCUGCAAGUUUGCUCUGCGCAUGUGUGGCCCCAACAUGGGCUGCGAGGGGCUCUGCGACAUGUUCCUGAACCACCUGCGGGAGGACAGGAGCCUGCACUACGGGGAGUUCAUGAACAACGUCUGCAAGCACCUGAUGCAGAGCUACCCGGAGAUGCUGAAUCGCCUGAUUUCAACCAACCUCUUCUACUUCAAGAGCAACUGGGUGGACAUCAGAGCGGCUGCGCCGAUGUUCAUUGGCUUCCUCGUGCUGCACGUGGACGAAGACCACUGCCAGCAAGUGGACCUGGACCAGCUCAUCUCGGCCCUCAACCUGCUCCUGAAGGACCCCGUCCCCGCCGUCCGCAUGAAGGUGGCAGAGACCCUGGGCCGCCUCGUCAGGAUCCUGUGAGCCCCGGCUCCACCGCAGCAAUAUUUUGGGGUGGCGCUGCCCCCCCGUCUUCCCCCAUCGGGCACCCCCCCGGGGCCCCCCUUGCCUUCCUCCGCGGCAGCUCCAUCGUCUUCCUCCGCUCCCCGCAGCCCACGGGAGCCCCCCUGGCCCAGGUGCCUCCACCGCUCCCCCUCAGGGCCUGGCUCAGCCGUGGCCCCCCCAGCACCCAAAGGACACCAGGGAUGUGACGAGGCUCCGGGGAGGGGGUCCUGGGGGGCAGCUCCCCUUCUGCGCAGCCGGGAUGGAGCCCGAGCCCUCCGCUGCCUUCCCCCCCCCUCCCCGUCCCUCCCUGCUGCCCCCCGAUGCUGUAGGCAGGGCCCUGCCCCCCCCCGGGGCCCCCAUUCGAUGAAUGUCACUGUCCUCUCACCACUCGUGUACAUAAACUUAUUUUUAAAUAAAGCUCCUCGCUCCUCAAG